GCGUAAACUACCCAAUAUUUACCUUGAAUUUUGUAGCAAGGCAUCCUCUCUUGAUAAAUGAGAAUAACUUCACAUUUUGAGUUGAUAAUGUAUUGUUGAAUUAAUUUUGUGUUUCGAUUUACUUUUCUCGUUAGAAUACCCUGUGAAAGAAACUUUAAAAGUAUUAUUUGGGCGGUCGGCUUAUAAGAAGUCUUUCGCGGGAUAUAAUGAUAGGUAUCUGGCACAACCACGAGAACACCGUGGCGCUGAGCGGUGGCGGCGCUGGUCGUGGUCGAUAGUAUUACGGCGCGCGCCCGCGUCGGCCCCACAGUGCGCACGCCCCGACAACCAUGGUGCGCGACAAGAAGUCGCCGCACAAAUCCGACUCCGUCAAAUCUAGUACGAACUUAGUGGGCAAAUUCACGCAGAGCGUCCGUCGGAUAGUUCAAGAUGUCAAAGACGAGGGCACUUCUAGCGGGCAGACAAAGGAAGAGGUGAUCGAAACGAAUGAGAGGCUUCGGGCGGUACGAGUAAGACUCGAUGAGAACUAUGACACGGCGAAGAAGGCACUCGUAACCUUGAUGGCGCGGUACAGCGAAUCGAAAUCCCAGAGGAAUGUGUUCACCAGAUAUCCUAUGCUGAAGGCCAUGAUUAAGGAUGUGAUUCGCCUCGAAACCCAGUACUGGUCGCUGGUUGAGAUUCCACGACAAGAGAAGGCGGAGACAGUUCCAGCAUUUGUGCUCCGUGCAUGCGCCAUCAUGGAGAAGACACAAAAGUCUGGAGAAGGUGUGAAGACAUCUUCAAAGCUGGCGGAAGAGGCGGCAGAUAGAAGGGAGCGGAUAGAGAGAUUAAAUGAUAUGACAACAUCUCAAAUAGAAGCCGAGAAUACGCAAAUGACAAAUGAUUUAUACCGACUUCUGAAAAAAUAUACUGGAUUGCGGAAUCUCAUCAGGGAACUCAAGUCAGAGUACGUCAGCUCGAAAAUAUACCCGAUGUUUCCUCGGUACACUAUGCUGAAAGAUAUGAUCAAGGACAUCAUGCAUGAUCCUGAUUACAUGGAAGUCUGCCAUGAGGUUGACCCAUAGCGCGGGGUGCGCAAAUAAAUGAGGCACUCCUUCACCGACCGCCAGAGGUCGAGUCGUCGCUAGCAGGAUGAGGCAAUCACGGAAGCAAGAGCAAGAAAAGUUGUCACCGUCUACCACUUAAAUUGCAAUGUUUGAAUACGAUUUCUAAUUACUGACAGUAGAAGAAAAUUGACCGGGAUGUUAU